GGAGAGAGGGAAGGGGAGGAGAGGGGGAAGGGUGUAAAAGCCUCGCAUUUUUGUGUAUCCUGGGGCCUGAGUUUUUCAACCCAAAAAAAAUGCAGACUGCCUGCAACAAAAGCAGCACUUGGAAGGAGCAGCGACGCCAGGACUCUUGGCAAGGAAGCCGUUUGUGUUAAAUAAAUGGAUGCGGUGCGUUCGACAAUAGAGAGCGAUAGAAGAAAGAUCACCCGUGAUUUCCAGACGGCUUGGUUGGUGGGCAGAGUGAAAUGUGAAAUCAACAAAGCGCUGUUGCCACCCAGCACAACUUCCGGACGGCCGCUUUAAUUUAAAAUAUAUAUAUAUAUAUAUAUAUAAUUGAGAGAGCGGUGAUUUUUUUUUGUGUGUGAAGGAUUUGGGAGCAAAUAUAUAAGCGGGAGAGGAAGGAGACGCUGCGAAGAAGCGGGGUGGAUUUUUGGUGGAACAGAGGCGAGUGGAGUGUGAGUCCCGCUCACACAAUAGAAGCGCCGAAAGUGACCCUGAAAUCUCAUCGAGGGGCGCCUGGGCUGCAUAUCAUUCAGCCGUCUUCCUCCUGCUUUACAUUGCAAAUUUUUUUUCUUUCUCCACCCCCCCCAAUCCCUUUGCAAUUAACUGCACAUAGACGCAGACACACACACACAGGCGGAAUAAAACAAACCAGGCGAGGGGACAUGGCUGUUGCCUCUGGUCUGUUUCACCACGGGCUCGACCAUGGAAUGCAGAGCGAAACGCAGAUCGCCGAGCUGUGCCGGAGCCUUGAAAUGGGCACGGUCAUCACUCUGUACUACUCCAAGAAGUCGCAGAGGCCGGAGAGGAGAACCCUUCAGGUGAAACUGGAGACCCGACAGGUCAUCUGGAGCAGAGGACCAGAGAAAGUGGAAGGAGAAAUUGAUAUUCGGGAAAUCAAGGAGAUUCGCGCAGGAAGGAAUUCCCGGGAUUUCGAGCGGUACCAAGAUGAUGCAUCCAGACCUGAUUUAUCCCGGCCUGAUACUUCCCACUGUUUUGUUAUCCUGUACGGGACGGAAUUCCGGUUGAAAACUCUCAGUCUGGCAGCUACUUCAGAAGAGGAGAUGAGCAUGUGGAUAACCGGUCUGAACUGGCUCUUGACGGACACUGUGAAAUCGCCAACACCGCUUCAGAUAGAAAGGUGGCUGAGGAAACAGUUCUACAACAUGGAUCGCAAUCGAGAAGAUCGGGUCACAGUGAAGGACCUGAAGAACAUGCUGUCCCAAGUCAACUACCGAGUGCCCAACAUGAAAUUUCUGCGGGAAAAAAUCACGGACAUGGAGCUGCGGAGUGGAGAUGUUACCUACAGCCAGUUUGUGCAGCUUUAUCAUAGCUUGAUGUACGACGCUCAGAAAAAUAUGGACAUUCCCUUUCUUCAAAGGAGCUGUGAACGAACGCAACUUAGCCAAGUCUCUCUGCAGGAUUUCCAGCAGUUUCUGCUGAAAUUCCAGAAGGAACUGUGGGCGACGGAUAUCCAGCACGUGCGGGAAUUCAUGGUCAAUUACUUCCGGGAACCUCUUCGGGAGAUCGAGGAUCCAUUUUUCCACCUCGAUGAAUUCCUGACUUUCCUGUUUUCCAAAGAAAACUCCAUUUGGGACUCGAGAUUCAACCAGGUGUGUGUGGAAGAGAUGACCAAUCCGCUGUCUAAUUACUGGAUCUCAUCAUCACACAACACGUACCUGACCGGAGACCAGUUUUCCAGUGAGUCCUCGUUGGAAGCAUACGCUCGCUGCUUGAGAAUGGGCUGUCGAUGUAUCGAACUGGACUGCUGGGAUGGUCCGGAGGGAAUGCCAGUGAUUUACCACGGCCACACUCUCACAUCCAAAAUCAAAUUUAACGACGUCCUGACCACAAUCAAGGAACACGCGUUUGUGACUUCGGAGUACCCUGUGAUCCUGUCCAUCGAAGACCACUGCAGCAUCGUUCAACAGCGGAACAUGGCUAACGCUUUCAAGAAGGUUUUUGGAGACAUGUUACUGACCAAACCAGUUGACAUCACUGCAGAUGGACUCCCAUCACCCAAUCAACUGAAGAGGAAAUUCCUGAUUAAGCACAAGAAGCUAGCCGAGGGCAGUGCCUACGAGGAGGUCUCAACCUCCGCCUACUCGGAGAACGACAUCAGCAACUCGAUUAAGAACGGGAUCUUGUACCUGGAGGAUCCCAUCAAUCACGAGUGGAAUCCACAUUUCUUUGUCCUCACGAGCAACAAGAUUUAUUAUUCGGAAGAGACUUCGGUAAACCAGGCCAAUGAAGAUGAGGAGGAGCAGAGAGAGCCCAGUGUCGGCACCGACCUCCAUGUGACGGAGAAGUGGUUCCAUGGGAAGCUCGGCGCAGGGCGUGAUGGUCGGCAGAUCGCAGAGAGGCUUCUCACCGAAUACUGCAUUGAAACGGCAGCGCCCAACGGCUCCUUCCUCGUGCGCGAGAGUGAGACGUUUGUCGGUGACUAUACACUGUCGUUUUGGCGCUUUGGGAAGGUGCAGCAUUGCCGGAUCCAUUCCCGUCAGGAAGCAGGCAGCCCCAAGUUCUACCUGACCGACAACCUGGUGUUUGACAGCCUGUACGCCUUGAUCUCGCACUACCAGAAACAGCCGCUCCGCUGCAACGAGUUUGAAAUGCGUCUCACCGAGCCCGUACCCCAGACCAACGCCCACGAGAGCAAAGAAUGGUACCACGCCAACCUCUCGCGGGCACAAGCGGAACACAUGCUGAUGCGGGUACCGCGGGACGGAGCCUUCCUGGUUCGGAAAAGGAACGAACCAAACUCCUACGCCAUCUCAUUCCGAGCAGAAGGGAAAAUUAAACAUUGCCGUGUACAGCAGGAAGGCCAAAUCGUCAUUCUCGGCAGCUCUGAAUUCGACAGCCUGGUUGACUUAGUAAGCUACCACGAGAAAAACCCAUUGUACAGGAAGAUGAAACUCCGCUACCCAAUAAACGAGGAAGCCUUGGAGAAAAUCGGCACGGCGGAGCCAGAUUACGGUGCACUCUACGAAGGACGGCAGUCGGGAUUUUAUGUGGAAGCCAACCAGAUGCCAACGUUCAAGUGCACGGUGAAGGCGAUGUACGAUUACAAGGCUCAGCGGGAAGACGAGCUGUCGUUCUGCAAGCACGCCAUCAUCCAGAACGUGGACAAGCAGGAAGGAGGAUGGUGGAAAGGUGACUAUGGAGGGAAGCGGCAGCUUUGGUUCCCCGCUAAUUACGUGGAGGAGAUGUUGAGCAUAAAUACAUCGGAGCCAGAGAACCGGCCCAUGAGUGAAAACAGCCCGCUGGGGGACCUGCUGCGAGGUGUACUGGACGUACCUUCCUGUCAGAUUGCUGUCCACCCGGAUGGGAAAGGUAGUCGCCAGUACGUUUUCAAGAUAAACGUGGGCUCGUUUGCCGGCACGGGCGGAACCAUGGACUUGGCUGCUGAAUCUCAGGAAGACCUGAAUGACUGGGUGACCAAGAUCCAGGAUGCAGCUCGAAAUGCAGGCGCCCGGAAGGAAGAAGGCAAGAUGAUGGAACGCAGGAAGAAGAUUGCUCUGGAGCUGUCUGAUCUGGUUGUGUACUGCAGACCCGUUCCCUUUGAUGAAGAAAAGAUUGGGAGCGACCGGGCCUGUUAUAGAGACAUGUCGUCGUUUCCGGAGACCAAGGCAGAGAAGUACGUGAACAGAGCCAAGGGGAAGAAGUUCCUCCAGUACAAUCGCCUGCAACUCAGUCGCAUCUACCCCAAAGGCCAACGGCUUGACUCAUCCAACUACGACCCCUUGCCCAUGUGGAUCUGUGGCAGUCAGUUAGUGGCACUGAACUUCCAGACUCCAGACAAGCCGAUGCAGUUGAACCAGUCCUUGUUUACGCUAAACGGCAAGUGUGGCUACGUGUUGCAGGCGCCCGUUAUGAGGGAAGAGCAGUUUGAUCCCUUUGACAAACACUCAGUGAGAUCAACGGAGUUGCUCAGUGUUCAGCUGCAGGUCCUGGGCGCUCGCCACUUGCCGAAGAAUGGCCGAGGGAUAACCAGUCCGUUUGUGGAGGUGGAGGUUUGUGGAGUCGAAUAUGACAACAGCAAAUACAAGACGGAGAUUGUGGCGGUGAAUGGACUUAACCCGACGUGGACGGCCAAGCCAUUCAUUAUCAACAUCAGUAAUCCCGAAUUCAGCUUCUUGCGGUUCGUGGUUUAUGAGGAAGAUGUCUUCAGUGAUCAAAACUUCCUGGCGGAGUCGACCGUUCCGGUGAAAGCCAUAAGGGCAGGUUACCGAUCGGUGCCGUUAAAGAACAACUACAACGAGGAUCUGGAGUUGGCAGCAUUGUUGAUUCACCUGGAGAUCUCAGAGUCCACAAUCAAGGAGAACGGUGACGCAGUGCUGGCGACGGGAAACCCAUUGCUCCGCGAUCGUGCCACUGAACAUUCCGCCCAGGGACAGGCCUACAGGGGCCGAGAGGGAUCGUUCGAAACCCGCUACCAGCAGGACGACCUGCGGCUUUUCCAGGAGCAGCAUAUGGAUCAACUGGAGCCCAGGGACCGGAGAUUGUUGAGGAGAACUAAGAUAAACGGGGACAACAGAUGAAUCGGCCGGAUUCGACCCACGUGGAUCUCCUGUCAGUUCUAGGGAUGUGGACUGCUGCAAUUUGGUUUCUAUGGAAACUCUUGCCGCUCGGGCCUAUUUCAGGCAACUGCUUCUGUGCGAGUCAUAUAGUCCUUUAUGUUCACAGGAAAGUACAUUUUAACUUCCCAACAAGUGACUUUUAUUUUAACGUGUUGUCAAAAUGUAGUUUUAAUGAGAUGAUAAAGAGAAUAUUCACAUCAGCAGAGAUUGGAAGCAUCCACCAUCGCAUCUAUUGAAAUGUGUGAUCAAAGUCCGCGAUUCACGAGCCUCUGCUUAUUAAACUGUGAGUACUGUUCUUACUUAAAGAACAGCAAAUAAACAGUUAUGACCAUGUUAUUUUCUUGUAAUAUAAGGACAAGGGUGCCUUAUACCCAGGCACACAGCGACUCGUGAAGUAGAAUGUGUUCAAUAAAAAUUUGUUGCCGAUGUAA